AUCUCAAAUACAAUUUACAUGAUAGACAUCAUUUUUAGGAGUGGGAAUAUUUAAAACAAGAUAAGUUAUAUAUCGAUAAAUCCAAUAAUGUUGAUAUGAACAUUUAUAUGUAGAUUAAAGAGGAAACAAAAAUACUGGAUCGCUCACAUCCGUCCUGAACAAUUCAUCGUAAAAGCGAAUUCUUCCUGAUUUGCUUUUUUCAUCACAUCGGAGCUAGUUACAUGCCAGAAUAGGUGUUUGGUGGUUGAUGACAAAACAUAAAGCGAUUAUCCAACUAUGACCGUAAGGGGCCAUCCCACAGAUAUGGAUUCAGAUGUUGAGGAAAAUCCAGAUCCUAUGCUCCUUGCAGCUUUAUUUGCCAUCAUCAUCCUUCUACUCAUUCUCAUAAUCCUGUUCAUCAGGAGAUGUAUGAAAUGUCGACAGAAGAGUGCCUCGGUAGUACGGUAUGUAAACCCUGUGUUAACCAUUCCCGAGACCCAGACUCCCCUGAUACACGACCGUGUCACCAUAGUACUGGAAGAAAUCGAUCACAGCGUUGCUCCGCAACAAGAUGAAAUACCGGAAGUCGUUGUAGAGUACUGCAAUCUCAAGUCGUACCGAGUACUACUCGAUCAGUUUAUCAGGGAGGUAGAUGAAAAAAGGGACAACGAUAGUUUCCGUGAGGAAUUCAAAGAAAUCCCUAAUGGAUUGUUAGAACUGCAUUCUGCUGCCCUGAGGAAGGAAAAUAAAUCCAGAAAUAGGUACAAGAAAGUCUAUCCAUAUGAUUAUUGCCGUGUUGUUUUGGAUACGAGCGACAAAACCGGAAGUACAGAUUAUGUGAACGCUUGUUUCGUACAUGGAUAUGACCACGAUAAAGAAUACAUUGCGGCACAAGGUCCAUUCACGAACGACACACUGAUUGACUUCUGGAGGAUGAUCUGGCAGAAUCGAUGUACACGAAUUGUGAUGCUGACAAAUCUGUUCGAAGGAGAUCGGAUGAAGUGUCUGCAAUAUUGGCCAGAGGGAGAAAUCAUGCGCUUUGGUCAGUUCAUGAUUAGACCAGACUCCCAGGACAUCUUUGAGCAGUACACCAUCAGACGAAUCAUUGUGGAAAAGGGAGACGAGAAGAAACGAGUGACACAAUAUCACUUCACUGCUUGGCCAGACUGUCGUGUUCCAGAUGACAUCGAGACGUUACUGGACUUCAGAAACCUUGUCAUCAACGGAAUUUCGAUUGACGAAGGACCAAUUGUAGUCCACUGCAGUGCUGGUAUUGGUCGAACGGGAACAUUUAUAGCACUAGAUACACUCCUCAAAGAAGCAUCUGCGAAUGAGAGCAUUGACGUCAUCAACUGUGUUUCUAAACUUCGCCAACAGAGGGCGUUUUCCAUCCAAACAGACAUGCAAUACGCGUUCCUUCAUGAGGCCAUCGUUCAUGCCCUUACACAUCAGAACUUAACGGCUGCUUUUCAUAAAGUGGACGAGAUGUAAACGCCACGAGAUGUAAACCACGGCGACUGACCAGUAAAGGGCAAAGUAUUAGUGACGUAACUGAAACUUGAUUUUUAAAGAACGUUGGCGAUUCAAAACCAUCAUCUUUCAUGUUUACAGAAUCAAGAAUCCAAACAAGUGACCGUGUGUCAUGUUUGAAAUCUGUAUGACUUGAAGUUUGACACUUCAAAGAACUAUUUUAUUUGUUUCAAAUUGUUCAUGUAAAGUGAAUUUUAUACGAUUGCUUUGAAUCGUUCAAUUCAUGCGAUGUAAUUACACAGCAAUGCAGUUUUUUGUACAGUGUUUUAAUAUUUUUGUUGACUAGUUGUAUUUGUUUCUUCUCGUGUUUCAUAAAUGCUUAAAAGUAGCUUUGCAAAGAAAUCAUUUGAGGACAUCGGUAAUGUGUAUAAUUGUUAAAAACUUGUCUUGAUUUGUGAUUCAAAAUCAUUCUGUAGAUUGUAUAUAUAUAUAUAUUGCUUUCGAGUGCUGAAGAAUUUAUCAGUCAUGAUUUUAGGAAUAACAUUACAUCGUGUUUGGUGUCAAUGACAUGAAUAAGGAACAGUUCAUUGUAUAUAUCAUUCAGAAGAUGUGGUAACCAAAAAUAAUAGAUUUUGCAAUGAAUUUCCUUAUCUUUCUUGCAUGAUUUGUAAAGAAGUAUGAUUUUUAAAAUUCUAAGUCAAAAUCCCCAUUGUUGAGUCAAUACUAUUGAUCAUUAUAUGUGAAUUAUAACAAUUUUACAGUUUGAAAUGAUUUUGUAAUGUAUCUGACAUUCAAACAAAACCAUACGGAUGUGUUUUGCUUGUUUUCUUAUCAUUCCAGUUUCCAUUAUCUACUCAAACUUUCUAACGCCACCACUUUUAUAAUUCAGAAACAUUAUUACAGUAACUUGUAGAUAACAAUAUCGUCUGAUUUUUGUGAAUGCUUUUCGUUCGUUUCAAGUCGGCAAAUAUUUGGAUCUGCACGGGAACUGGAUAUGUUAAAAAGCAUGACACAUUUUUGAUUCGUUUUUAUGAUUGAUUAUCAAAGAUCUUGUUUUAUUGUGUUCUAUAUAUUCAAUUGUUUACGAAAAACAAAAAUUUCUAGAGUGAAAUAAGGCGCAUGCAAGCACAAAAAUGUACAAGAGCUGUUGGUAUGAUCAAAGCUAGACGCACUUCAGAGGUUUGUUUUCGUUCAUUGUACACAAUCUGGUAGAAAGCCGAUUCAAUACGUCAGAAUAUGUUCUGCGUAUGAUCAGUUUUUAAAUCAAAGCAGGCUAUUUACAAACAAAUUGAUGUUGCAGGGGUUUCAACUGUCUCCUUUAACGUCAGCAUUUCGCAAAUUCUAUGAUCCUUAUAACGAUCUAGUUUGCCAAUACAACCUAUCAUUAGGUCAAAUGCUGUCUGGCGUAUUUCACACCUACCGAUUGUUAGGCCUUUCUUGGCACACUGAUUAUGACUUCAGAUUACACUGUUUACAUGAUCAAGACAAAUGCCUCACAGCGGGUGUGACCCGUAGACAGGGGAUGUUUACUUCUCCUAGGCACUUGAUCCCACCCCUGGUAUAUCCAGGGAUCCGUGUUUGCCCAAUUCGUUAUCUUGUAUUUCUUGUAGGAGUUUUGGGAUUGUUUACUGUUCGUUACUUUCACCCCAUAAGCACUCUAAAUAACCUUCCUUACAGGUUUUUACAAAAUAACAUUAACGCUAUGAGGAACAGGGGAGUAAUUAUUAUCCGUGGGUAUGGUGAACAAACGCGGCAUUAAAUGUUGCGAUUUUCAAAUUGUAGGGUACUCUUAAUUCUUUGUGUAUGUUGAUGAGAAUUGAAUUAAAAGAAAGACAGAAAUAUU